CUUCCUCUGCGGAGAGCGCUGGCGCCGGGGACGGUCGGGUCGGGUCGGCGCGGCGGUGGCGGGGAGCGGUGCGGCGGGACGAUGAGCGACAGCGGGGAGCAGAACUACGGCGAGCGGGAAUCCCGUUCUGCUUCCAGAAGCGGAAGUGCUCAUGGGUCUGGCAAGUCGGGGAGGCACACCCCUGCAAGAUCUCGAUCUAAGGAGGAUUCCAGGCGUUCCAGGUCAAAAUCUAGAUCCAGGUCUGAAUCCAGAUCUAGAUCAAGGAGGAGUUCCCGUAGACACUACACAAGAUCACGCUCUCGUUCCCGCUCUCAUAGGAGAUCCAGAAGUAGGUCUUACAGUCGGGAUUAUCGGCGACGACACAGUCACAGCCAUUCACCCAUGUCUACUCGCAGACGUCAUAUUGGAAACAGGGCAAAUCCUGACCCAAACUGUUGUCUUGGUGUGUUUGGAUUGAGUCUGUACACCACAGAAAGAGAUCUUAGAGAAGUUUUCUCCAAGUAUGGUCCAAUUGCCGAUGUUUCCAUUGUGUAUGAUCAGCAGUCUCGGCGUUCCAGAGGAUUUGCAUUUGUGUACUUCGAAAACGUUGAGGAUGCUAAGGAAGCAAAGGAACGUGCCAAUGGAAUGGAGCUGGAUGGAAGAAGGAUCCGGGUAGACUUCUCCAUAACAAAAAGACCUCACACACCUACACCGGGAAUCUAUAUGGGAAGACCCACUUAUGGCAGCUCACGACGACGAGAUUACUAUGAUAGAGGGUAUGACAGAGGGUAUGAUGAUCGUGACUAUUACAGCAGGUCAUACAGAGGAGGUGGUGGCGGAGGAGGAGGAGGAUGGAGAGCUGUUCAAGACAGGGAUCAAUUUUACAGGAGGAGAUCACCAUCCCCCUAUUACAGCCGAGGGGGCUACAGAUCUCGAUCCAGAUCUCGAUCCUAUUCACCUCGUCGCUAUUAAAGCAUGACAUGUAGAGGAAUUCCUAGCUACAGCCUUUGAGUUGAAAUUGCAAGUUUGUGGACAAUAUUUUUAUUGUCUCUUCUGUUUAAACAAGUGAACAGUGCCUAGUGAAUAGGUGAAUUUUACACCUUUUAUGAAGACUACUUCUGUGAUGUUAAAUGCUGUUUCAUUCUGCAUAUUUGUGUAGUUUGGUGCUUUGUUUCAAGUUGUGUUUUGAAAGGAGUAUGUUUUGCAUGUAUUUUUUUAGUCUCAAUUUUGACUCCUGAAAGGUUUCUAUUGUAAAGACAAACUGUUCAGUUAGUUUUUUCUACUGAUUCCAAGGUAUUCUGAAGAUCAAAACCUGUGUAAAAUGCUUUCAAAAAGUGAAAAAUAAAAUAAAAAGAAGUUUGGUUUUUCUUUUCCUA